GAUCUGCUGUCAAAUUAUGUCAGCACGUUUUGUAACAUUUCUGCUGACAUUCUGCUAUUAUUAUUUGAUAUAACAGACUUUGUAUACAAUCUGGAAUCUUUCUGCUGACAAAAAUUUGUAGCAGACGUUUGGCAAAAUCUGUUCGAACAGACUUGGCUAUCUGGAUACAUAUUUAAGAAUGUAUUAUAAGAAUAUUAAUCUCUAUAUUAUAUCCCUGUUUUCCCGCGCUUGGGACUUGGACGCUCAUAACCGCUUUUGACAGCGAAAAACGUGAUUCGAUCUCGAUCUUCAAUACAUAGACCGGUGUUGAAGUAACGUCAUCUCGAGAAACACGAUAUAAAGGAAACAAGAUGAAUGGAAAAGAAAGUAAAAACCAAGAACACGAUGAGUAUCAAUAUUUGCGGCUCGUCGAGAAAGUCAUUACAACUGGAGCAAAGAAAAGCAAUCGCACCGGCGUCGAUACUUAUUCCAUUUUCGGUGCGCAAAUGCGAUUUGGAUUACGAAACGGUGUUUUCCCAUUAUUGACAACCAAAACAGUAUUCUGGCGAGCAGUAGUUGAAGAAUUACUAUGGUUUAUCAAAGGAUCAACAAAUUCCAAAGAACUGACAGAUAAAGAUGUUCAUAUUUGGGAUGAAAAUGGUUCACGUGCCUUUUUGGAUUCUUGCGGUUUCACAGAUAGAGAGGAAGGUGAUUUGGGGCCUGUCUAUGGAUUCCAAUGGAGACACUUUGGUGCCGAGUACAAGGAUAUGUACACAAAUUAUACAGGGCAAGGGAUAGAUCAGCUAAAAGAAGUUAUUCACAAAGUGAAGCAUUCUCCAGAUGAUAGGCGUAUUAUAAUGACUGCCUGGAAUCCAAUCGAUAUUCCAAAAAUGGCAUUACCUCCGUGUCACGCUUUCGUACAAUUUUAUGUAAAUAACGGUGAAUUGUCCGCGCAGCUUUAUCAAAGAAGCGCAGAUAUGGGUUUGGGAGUACCAUUCAACAUAGCGUCGUAUUCCUUAUUGAUUCAUAUGAUCGCUCACGUUACCGGCUUGAAGCCAGGAGAAUUUGUACAUACAAUGGGAGACUGUCACGUUUAUGUCAACCAUGUAAGCGCCCUUGAGGAACAGAUAAAGCGCGAACCACGAGAGUUUCCAAAAUUAAGGAUAGUUAGAGAGAUUAAAGAUAUUGAUGACUUCGUUGCCAAGGAUUUUGAAUUAAUUGAUUAUAAACCUUACUCCAAACUCUACAUGAAAAUGGCUGUCUAAACUGUACUUUUUGAAAGUCCUCUGAUUAAAAUUUUUCAAAGAAAAAAUUAUGUCCAUGUAACUAACAUUAUUAUUUAAUUUCACACAAUAUUUGUUAAUAUUACUUUUAAUAUACUUAAGUUGAUAAAUCUUAACAUGAGACUUUCUAUAAAUCUCAGUAUUAAGCACUGUACUGGUUAAAAAUAGUAUUUUCAAUUACAGUAUUAUUUUUCGAUUGAAGAGAAACGCAAAAAACUUACUUCUAAUAGUUUGGUUCUUGUUUUUCAGACUGGUUUCAGAUAAAAGUGUAAGAUGAAUAUAUUUUAUAUAUAACUCCCUAGCCAUAUACAACUCUCUCUAUAGACAUUAGUUUCUAAUAAAAAUUAUAUUUAUAAUAAAUUUGUAUCUUAAUAAUAUAUCAAUAUCUCCAGAAACCAUCGCGCGCAAUACUUGCAAAUUCACGAUUUUUUUUUUU